AUGGGAUGCUUAAAGGGCAAGUGUAAAUGUGGCAUAUUCUCUGGCUUUUCGAGGUUUUCUGGAGCCUUUGUUGACCAGCCAAAAAUUGUUGAUGAUCCGGUUAAUAAUUCCAUUGCUGGAGCUGACAACGAAUCGGAGACAACAAAUGAUGGUUCUAUAGCUUUAAAUAAUGACGAUAAAAUUAGUUCAAGUCUAAGAAUCUCUAUGGUAGAUGGGUUUGAGGCGAACGAUGAACAUGAAGUAGUAGACUUGGAUAGACCUUGGGAGGAGUUAAAAUAUAGAGACUCUAUAAGCUCUGUAGAAUCAAAUGAUGGAACCGAUUCUGGGUGUUCUUGUGCAUUCUCAAAACUGCAAUAUUGCCUAUUAAAUAGGAAUAAGGAAAGGAUGGAUUCACUGGAAACUGAUGAAUCUGAGCAGUCUGAGAUGGAGUCUAAAGAUAGCGAUAUGGAAAGUGGAGCUGGAUACACUAAAGUUGUCCUUUUGCGAACUAUAGACGGCAGUGAGUCACAAGUGGGCAUUACAUCCUCAUCCACUCUUCAGGCAAAUGAGGCUCUGCCUGUGGACUCUAGCGUAACAAAAGAUGCUCUAGAGGAUGAAAAGCCAGGUAUUUUAGAAGCAAGAAAUGAGGUGGUGAAUAGAAGAACAAUGGCUAUUGAAAAUGCCACAAAGUGCCUAACGAAUGAAUGCACUGUUUUGGAGGGUUGUAAAGUAGAUGACGACAAUUGUGUUGUUCUUGACCCCGUAAAAGUUGGUUCCCACGAGGGUCCAGUAGCAGAUUGUGCCAUGGAUUUGGAUAAGGUCGAACAUUCAAUUGAUGCAACAUCUCUGGAAGAGGAAACGCUCUCAAUUAUCAGGGAGGUUGAAUCUUUGGGAUCCAAGGAAUUGGUCUCGUCUUUGGUUUUGCAGUUUGAAAAGUUGUCGAGAGAAAGACGUGAGCUGCAGAACAAGUUGAAUGAAUGCAAGCACAGAGAAUUGGUUUGA